AUGGCUUCAUUUGCAGAUGGCUUCUUUGAGCCCUGCCAGUUCUCUGCACCAAAGUCCCCAGGUGACGCUCAGCCCAGUGGAUCAGCGAGGCAGCCAGCAUUUCCUCUGACUGGUGAGUCAGGCUUGUCAGCGGUUGAUGUGGAUGCUGAUGGACCAGCAGACUUCCUAGGUUCACCCAGCAAUCAUGAUGCUGCCAUCGACCAAUAUCAAGAUGCUGAUGACGAGGCUGCACCUGGGGACCUCAAAGGUUUCAGGAAACGAUGGUCCAAGAGAAGAAAGGUGACCGAGGAGACCGAGUACAGUCCAUCCUUGCUACAGGAACAGUUCCCGCCGGAGCCUCCAGUUGAGCGCCUUAUGAAGAUUAGUUCCAAGAAUGAUGACUCUGCAUCGUUUGUCAAUGCUUUUGUGGAUAGGAUCACUCCAUCAACCAUAGUGAUGCCUUGGGAGAAUGCUUUCAUGGCGCCAAUUUUUGGAAGUCAGUUUUGUGAGACAAAGCUUUCAAUGCCGGCCCAAUGGAGUGAGACGUUUGCAGACCCACUCAAGCAUGCGAUGCCAGAAGCAACACCAGACGCAGUAGCGCCAGUUGACUUCAGAGUGUUGAAGUGCAUCAGGAACCUGGCCGACAUGGACUUCAUCCAAGCACGAGAGAAGAAGUUGACCAACGCGCUGGUGAAGAUCAAGUGCGUCCUUGAGAUCAACUGGGACGCCAGCGGUGUAGGCCGUCAGUGCUUGGAUAGCUCUGGCGUGCCGCGGCCCGACAUGGAAGACACUCUGACCUCAGUCAUUGGCACAAGGUCACCAUCAACAGUUGUCAAGAGAUGCAACGCCGUAUUGGCCUAUCACAGGUGGCUUGCAACAUGGGUAGAUGCUACAGCUAUCCCCUUCUCUGAGCCGCUCGUGUGGGACUAUCUGGUUCACCUGCGGCGAUGUGGUGCGGCCGCAACUAAGGCGAUGUCGUUCGUCCAGACACUCAGGUUUUGCCAGCACGUCUUGCAGGUGGAUGGGGCUGACCUUUGCGUUGCCAGCCGACGGUUGGUAGGUCAGUCUGAACUCCAAGCAGCAUUGAAAGGGCCUACCAAGCAAGCACGGCCGCUGACAGUGAUGGAAGUCAGGAAGCUGCAGAAGUUCAUGGCUGACCCAUCCAAGGAAUUGCAAGAGAGGUUGAUUUGCAGCCACCUGGUCCUCAUGAUUUACACUCGAAGCCGCAACAGUGAUCUGGCAUACGUGGAAGGCAUCUCUCAUGACAAUGCAGUGCGAGAGGGCCGGGAUGAGUUCAGCGGGUUCAUCCAAUUUACAACUCGGUACCACAAAUCUGCCAGGUCAGUCGAGACCAAGUCCUUGCUCAUGCCCAUCAUUGCUUGUGGUGAAUCAGUCGGGCCCGAACCAUGGUUGGACUUGUGGAUGUCCUUGCGGAAGAAAGCUGGCCUGCCGACAUCAGGUCGCCUCGAAGGCGCUGUCAUGCCAGCUCCAGAUCUAGCCCGGCUGGGGCAAUGGCUGGUGCGGCCAAUUUCCUGCGCCGAAACCACCAAGCUGCUUCGGGCCUACCUUCAGUGUGAUGACGCUGACUUGAAGUCCCACUCUUUGAAGCGCACAGCCCUUAGCUGGGCGGCCAAGGCUGGUGUGGAUCGAGAGCAACGCAGACUACUCGGUCGCCACGCCAGUGCAGUGCAAGGCUCCGACAGCAUCUAUGCAACAGACCUCAUGGUUGACCCGGUGCGUGCCGUGGGCGCUGUCGUGAAGCUCAUCCGAAGUGAUCAGUUUCUUCCUGAUGGAGACAGGUCUGAGUUUUUCCCUCAAGGGAAUCCUGCCGAUCCCACUGCACCGGUCUUUCAACCGAAGACACCGGGCACCUUCAAGAUGCCGAUGACUCCUGCGCCGCUGAAGGAGCCGGUUAAGGCGCCAGAGGUGCCAGGUCUGGAUGUGAAGGAAGAGCCACCAGCCAUCAAGGUUGCAGCCCAAGUGAUUGAAGAGAUCGACCUGGUCACCUCCGACUCAGAGACAUCUACUAGUGGUGAUGACUUUGUGGAGUCCGAGUUGGAAGACGAGCAAGAGCUUGAGCCUGCAAGCCGCGACGUCCUGAAUGAGGACUACAACGAUGCCUGGGUCCAACAUAAAAAGACCAAGACCAUCCAUGCCAUCAAGGGCAUGGGAAACCAAGUGUCCGACUCAGUCUAUGCCAAUGGUGAGAUCAUGCAAAACAAGGCCACAAAGUGUGGCAGGCUCACCAGCUCCAACUUUACCGUCGUCAAGGAGAUUGCGGACUGGACCUCGAAGUGCCGCCUGUGUUUCAAGGGUAACAGAGACCCUUAUGCCCAGUUUCGUUGA